CCUAUAUAAAACCCUAUACCUACCAUAGGCUCCUAACAAUUAUUUUCUUAUCUACAGCUCUCAUACCCACCAUUUUCUUUGAGUGAAACAAAAAUGAUGGGGCGCUCAAUGCGUUUGUUUGCAACUGUGUUACUCUUGCUUAUGGUUGUCUUUGCCACUGAGAUGGGGCCUGCAGAGGCAAGGACCUGCGAGUCGGCGAGCCAACGGUUCAAAGGAUUGUGUACGAGAAACAGCAACUGUGCUUCUAUUUGCAACACUGAAGGCUUCCCUGAUGGCAAAUGCAAAGGCUUACGUCGCCGUUGCUUUUGUACCAGAAAUUGUUAACAAUCUACUCUAUCUAUCUAAUAGAGUAUAAGUAUGUGGAUGAGAAUAACGUGCGUUCAAUGUGUUUAGCACGAAGGCUACUGUAUGUCUGUAUGAAGUACUAUUGUUGUUGAAUGUACUUCUUUUGUAGUAUUUAAUUUGAUCAUAUCAAAAUUAAACUACUACUAUUUGAUGUUA